UUUUUCACAUUACGAAAGAGUAAGCUCAUGCUCAAAACUGGAGUCGCCAUAAAAUAUUAGAAUAGGUUUUGGAGAAAAUUAGUCGAUCCAUUAUGACCACUCAAAGCACUGCUUGCUUGAAGACUAGCUCUAUGCAUGAAGAUGAUGAAAAGCGGCUUCCGGGGUUUCGGUUUCACCCAACAGAUGAAGAACUUAUAGGGUUUUAUCUUCGAAGAAAAGUUGACAAGAAACCCAUCAGUAUCGAUCUCAUCAAACAGAUUGAUAUCUACAAGUUUGAUCCCUGGGAUCUUCCAAAAAUUACUACUACGCUGGACAAGGAAGGGUACUUCUUUUGCAAAAGAGGGAGAAAAUAUAGAAACAGCAUAAGACCAAAUAGAGUGACGGGGUCCGGAUUUUGGAAAGCAACUGGGAUCGACAAGCCUGUCUAUUCUGAGGAAGGAGAAAAGCGAGAGUGCAUUGGACUGAAGAAAACACUUGUAUACUAUCGUGGAAGUGCAGGAAAAGGCACCAAAACUGAUUGGAUGAUGCACGAGUUUCGCCUUCCCUCCACUGAUACUGCCACCACCAAUGCUAAAACUGUUCUUCAAGAAGCGGAAGUAUGGACCAUAUGUCGAAUCUUCAAGCGAAAUGUGACAUACAGAAAAAACACACAAGAUUGGAGAGAUUCAUCUUCUUCUGCUAAACGUCAUUCGACUUUGGCAUCAACCUCUAAAACGUUUACUAUUGAUUCUAGCAACCAGGAAAGCUACAUUAGUUUUGAAGCGUCUGGUGUUCAUCAUCAUCUUCAUCAACUUAAUAAGCCAAUGAAACCCCUAGUUGAUCAUAAUAUCAAUUAUCAGACGAACCAGCAGUACGUAGCUGCAGAGCAGUUGAGCAGUACCAUUGUCAAUUCUCCAAUAUCAGCAGCAUCCUCUUCUAUAUCAAACUUUCAGAAUCCAUAUGGAAAUGAGUUGUUGGCAUAUGAGAAUUGGGAUGAACUCCGAUCAGUCGUAGGAUUUGCAUUUGAUGAUACGCAUACAGUCGGUUAAACGUGGCGAUUUAUGUACUUACAUAUAGCGAUAUUCAAUUGAAUACGCGUAUUAUCUAUGUAUGAUGAAAUGGUAUACGUAGGAUUUUAUCGUAGAUAUAUAUAGUUACAUAUGUAGUUAUCAUAUUUGUAUGGACAUUUUUAAUUGGGUUGUGACAGUUUAUUAGAAUUAUAUAAUAAAUC